CUAUAAAACUGAUGUUUUAAGUUCUAAUAGGAGCACAGUUGAGCCGCGAUAAACCGAAACGUAGGUUCUAGACGGUUAUCCACGGCAGUAACGGUCCGAUCGGGGCUUCCAGUAACUGCGCUCCUCAGGUGUUCGGCUAACUGUAGCAAACGUUAGCGUAACUGUUCUUUUGAGCAGUUUGGGUCAAUAACGGAUCAAGUCCAGCUACUGUUUCAGGUUGUCCUCGUAGUGGGUGAAAGGUCAUCUGAGCAGCAGAAAUGAGUCGCAGGAGUCACAGAUCCAGCUCAAAGACUGGCUCCGGAUAUCGAGCGAGAUUCUCCAGAGUUUCCCUAGAAAAGCAUGACUGGACACCAGAGGAGGAUGGGAAGCUUCAUCACCUGAUUAAGGAGUAUGGCACCAGCAGCUGGCCUGUGGUCGCGCACCAUUUCAGAGGACAAAGGUCACAGCUGCACUGUCAGCGCCGCUGGCAGCAGAUAAAGAAUCCCCAGCUGAUCAAAGGUCCCUGGACUCAGAAGGAAGACCACAAACUCACAGAUCUGGUCAAAAAGUAUGGCUUAAAGCGCUGGUCGCUCAUUGCUAAGCAGCUCUUCACCCGAAAUGGGAAGCAGUGCCGCGAACGAUGGCACAACCACCUGGACCCGACGGUGAAGAAGAGCAGCUGGACUGUGGAGGAGGACCAGAUCUUGUGCCAGGCCCACCGGCUGCUGGGCAACCGUUGGGCUGACAUUUCCAAGCUGCUGCCUGGCAGGACAGAUAACUCCAUUAAAAACCACUGGAACUCUACCUUGAAGAGGAAAGUGGAAAAGGAGGGAUACCUGCACAUUCUGUGCCUUCACAGCUCCUCCAGCUCCACGUCCAGACCUCCAUCUCAAACCUGUGGCCCCGCGAUAACAACUACCAUCCCUUCCAAGCAGGCGGACAGUCUGUCCACAUUGAAGGAUGAGUCCAGCUUCUUCAUCGAUCAGAGUGUGGACAGACCUCACAGAGGCUCCACCUACCUGCACUCUAACCACGCCUCCUCCUCUUCUGGGAGUAUGUGCAGGCUUGUAACAUCUUCAGAGCUCACGGAGAUGGACCUGGAGGAGUGGAACUGUGACUCAAGGGAAGUAACCUCACAUCUUAAACCUUCCCUGGUGACCGAGUCUGACUACUCACUUAGAGACGACUCUAACCUCUCCUUCGUACACCUCAGCAGAACCUUUGUUGCAGGUAUGAAGGUGAAAAGUGAAAAAGGAGGUUCCUUUCUGGAGUCUUCCUCCUGGACAAGAACUGGCACCAUAGAACAAGAACCACUGUCUCCUUCAGAGAUGAUGAGUCAGUGUGGUCCAGAUCAGCUGACAUUCCAGUGUCCAAUCCUCACCUCCACCCCCUUGUCCUUGUUGAAACAUCCCUCCAUCAGGCAACAGGAAGGCUGCUGUGACCACUGCAGCUUGAGCAGUAGGACACCUGUAGAGACCCGAGAGAAGAUUCAAGCUUUGCUGAUGUCAGCUCCUUCGACUCCGACACCGAUGAAGAUCAGGAACCAUCAGAACCAGGCGCAUGGCGAGUGUCUGCUGAGCUCCAUCCUGCAGAAUCAGAACCAGUCCAGCUCAGUGCAGCAUCAGCUGGGCCAUAAGGAUUCUGGGUCCCAAUCCAAAGUCCCUACAGGGUUUGGUUCCGAUCCGUGCUGUGAAGAGCUUGGUUGUUUUCCAAUAGAUGAACAGGUGGAAGUGUGGUGGACUCAGCAACCUGAACCUCACCUGGACUCGCCUGACUUUUCGACUUUCAAGAUAAAUCCUUUUGAGUUUUUGUCUCCAGGCGAGUGGAGAGCUGCAGGUGGUGUUUGGGAAGACCCAAGACCAGGUGAGUCUGACAGAACAAGCCAGACUCUACUUUGAGCCGUGAUCCAUCUCCAGAACUUGACCCUGAUCCUGCAAGUGAUUCAAGCCUCCUCCUGCUGAGCCAGCUGGUCUGGAAUGGGUUUGACCUGUGACCCUGACAGUCACUCUGUUUGAUUGAUUUCUUUACCAAUUGUUUCUGUGAAAUAAUUUUAAUCAGCACUUUUUUGGUUUUACCUAACUUUGUGGGCUUUUAUCUGAUUUUACCGUCAGAUUUUUACCUGAUCUCGUUAGAUUUCACCUGAUUUUAAUGUCAUGGUUUGUCAGAUUUUUAUCUGAUUUGAUUGUAAAAUUUUUACCAGUUUUUAUUCAGAGGGUUUUGUUUACUUUUUUUAAUGUUGUUGCUUGAUUUACUGAACCUCCUAGUUUCCUGUUCAGGUGAACCCAUUUUUCUUGUCAUGCCACAAUUGAUUUCUUUCUUUAUGGAACACAACGACACUUUACAUGAAACUUUUGCACACAGUCGACUUGGUUUUAAACCAGAGCAUUUUAUCUUUACUUGAAUGUUUAAAAGAAAAUAAGCUGCUUUUAUUUUGUCUGUUAUUUAACCUGCAGAACACGUGACCAGCUUUAGGCCACUGCAGCAGGAAUUUGCACCUAAUGGAGCUUGUUUUUAUUUGUCUU